AUGGCAAAACUGUUUGGCGGCAAGAUCACAGGCACAAUGACCCAAGGGAGGUCUGUCCUGCAUUGCGCGAGACGGGGCUCAAACCGCGACACAUUUGAUCUUGUUGGCAUCGACUUCCGAGCCAGCAAUCCUUCUGUUAUUUACGAGUCAUCCGCCGUCGGGCCUAGAAACUGGGCCCAUAGCAGAACCUGCAGAAGACUCUUACACAUAGGUGAACAGCAUGAGCUUGUGGUGCUAAGUGAUAAUGAGAAUUGGGUGGGAACGGGGAGGAUUUCGAUUCUUAAUGGUGAAAAUGGACAGCUCCUCUUCCAGUUCAAUGGUGGCCCAGCCCAUUUCUUUGAUCGUAACAUACUGGCGCAUCGGACUAUCAACCAGUUUUCGAUCCAAUCAGUGCCAGCACGCGUCCGGCUGGACGACGCUGUACAGCCCUGGGAAGCCCAUGCAAAAGAAGUCCUGGACUUUAUUAUCAUGCAGACGUUUUCCUUUGGCUUUUCUGGAUCUAACGGCAGCCUCCUAAAUAUACUCAGAUUGGGCACAGAUGUGAUUCUCAGCCCAUGCAAGGAUUACUCGAUCGCCAUUCAGCCCUUUGCGAAAGUAUCUGUCGCGCUACAGUCCGACGGCAACACGCUUCUGAGCAAGCGGAUUCUGAGCUACCCACUUGUCGAGACAAAGGAAACCCAUCUAAUUCAGAUGGCGGAGGCAGUGCUGAAAGCAUCGUGUCCUCCGGAUUCAGCACCCCCGAACUUGCGUCACUGUUUCAUUCUCCAGCAACCGGGGACCAAAAUUAGUCUCGGACCAUCAUUAAGCCAACCAGGACCGCUGGGCCCUGCGCCAGAUAUGCGACUGCGUGCCGUCCAGGGUUUUGUUGAUGGUGGACGCCUUUUGGUGGAAGCUUCUGAGGCCCAAGUUUUGCUGCAAUUCUAG